GAUCUUGGGCUACUGCAGUAAAAGAGUGAGGAGGAGGCAGGAGAGGAAAGUGCUGCGCUCUGGAAUUCUCCAUAGGAAAGAGGAAUAACACCAAUCCAGCUCCACAGAUAACAUUGGACUUGAUACCCUGUGAGAUCUCAGCGGCUUCCACACCUCUGGCCUUAUGCAGAAAACUCUGAGCACACCUGAUUUAGACCAGACCAGGCGGUGUAUUAUGUACAGUCGCUGAUCUCUGAGAUGGCCGUGUGGGCCCGACAGGCCCAAACAUCCCACCUGCAGUGCUGCCUCUACCUUAUCCAGGUCCAGCGGCCCACCCUGAGUGUCUGAUCGGCCCAGCCCUGCUAACACCCACCCUGGGCUUCCCUCUCAUCGGGCCACCUGGCUUCACUCCGGGCCCACCAUGGGAGGAUGCCUCUCCAAACCCAAACCAGUAGAGGUCAAAGUUGAGCUCACUCUUUUGGACAAAGAGAAAGAGGUGGACCUGAUGUCUCCUAAUGGAAAGGCCAGUCCAUUUUCAGAAUGCAGACUCAACGGAUCUCUGGGACACUGUUCAGACGAGGACACCAUGACACUGCGGCCACACCGUAAACACAGAGAUUACAUAGAAGCAUCUGUCUGCCAUGUAAAAGACCUUGAGAAUGGACAAAUCCGUGAGGUGGAUUUGGGGGCUGGUCGUGCUCUGCUCAUUAAGGAGCAUGGAGAAUUCUUUGCCAUGGGACACAAGUGCCCACAUUAUGGGGCUCCACUGGUCAAAGGUGUGCUAUCAAAAGGGCAUGUGCGAUGUCCAUGGCAUGGGGCAUGUUUUAACAUCACUACGGGUGAUAUUGAGGAUUUUCCUGGCCUAGACAGUUUGCCUACCUUCCAGGUAAAACACGCUCUUCAGACUCAGCGGCGGUCAAAGGCCAUGUCAAAAUGUUCAGCUGUCAUCAAUUCCAGCACUGGAUUCAGCCAUGUUCUCAUUAUCGGAUCAGGUCCUGCUGGUCUGGUGUGCGCUGAGACUCUGAGGCAGGAGGGUUUCACUGACCGUAUAGUCAUGUGCACCAUGGACACACAUCUGCCUUAUGACAGGCCUAAACUGAGUAAGUGUUUAGAGAGCACAGCUGAGCAGCUUCAGCUGCGCUCAUCUGACUUCUUUCAAACGCACGACAUAGAGAUACUAUUAGAGAAAGAGGUUGUCUCUGUGGAUGUGAAGACACGGACUGUGACAUUUCGGGAUGGUUUUAAAAUGGAGUAUCGAAAACUCUUCAUUGCCACAGGGAGCAGACCCAAACCUCUGAGCUACAAAGGCAAAGAUGUGGGAAAUGUGUUUCACCUCAGAACACCAGAAGAUGCGAACAGCAUCGCAACACUCGCCAGCAGUAAGAAUGCUGUCAUAGUUGGAACCUCAUUUAUUGGUAUGGAGGUGGCAGCAGCUCUCACAGAUAAGGCUCACUCAGUGUCUGUGAUCGGCAUAGAGGCCGUGCCAUUCCGUAAAGCACUCGGAGAGAAAGUGGGAAAAGCCUUGAUGAAGCUGUUCGAGUCAAACAGGGUGAAGUUCUACAUGUUGAACGAAGUGUGGGAGAUGCGAGGGCAUAAUGGACAGUUAAAAGAAGUGGUUCUAAAAAGUGGCAAAGUCUUGAGAGCUGACGUCUGUGUUAUUGGCAUAGGCUCCAGUCCAGCCACAGCAUUCCUGAAGCAGAGCGGAGUGCACAUGGACUCCAAAGGAUUCAUCCCAGUCAAUAAGACCAUGCAGACGAACAUUGACGGGGUCUUCGCUGGGGGUGAUGUGGUAACGUUUCCUCUAGCUCUACGUAGCAAUAAGAAGGUGAACAUACCCCACUGGCAGAUGGCUCACGUACACGGUAGAGUGGCUGCACUUAGCAUAAUGGGAAAAGCCUCAGACAUUAAAACGGUGCCUUAUUUCUGGACAGCAAUGUUUGGGAAAAGCAUACGAUAUGCAGGUUAUGGAGAUGGCUUUGAUGAUGUGGUCAUCCAGGGAGAUUUGGAUGAGCUGAAAUUUGUGGCAUUCUACACAAAGAGUGAGGAGGUGGUGGCCGUGGCCAGUAUGAACUACGACCCCAUUGUGUCACGGGUUGCAGAAGUCUUUGGCUCUGGAAAGACGAUUAGGAAACGUGACGUGGAGACAGGAGACAUGUCAUGGCUGAUCGACAAAGGCUCGCAGUGAGGAUGUGAUCAGCUCAGCACAGCAAGCUCCUUGAGUUUUCCUUGCCAAACUUGGAUGAUCUCCUGUAACAGACGUAGUCUUAGUGCUGCAGCUGCAGUUGGUUAAGUGGGACACUAGAUGGGAGACGUACGCCGUCCUAACCCGAGCACCUGGGCCGUGCUGAGAACAUCGUCCCCGUGAGGUGGCACCUCUCCGGGCCUGGAUCCAUUCACAGCACUAACAAAUGAGCCAUACCUGGUUUUUAACCCUCCGUUCUAGACGGGACAGUUCUCUCUCUCUC